GUUUGAUUUGUUGAUUCGUCUGCACUUGUCAGUGUGUGUCACCGAAGGUCCGAAAUAGUAAAAAGUGCAAUUUUCUUUUUAAAUUCAUCUUGUUAGUUAUAAAUCCCGAAACAUCUUGAAAUGAAUAAGUGUUUUAAACCGACCCGAACUGUUUUGAUAGCUGUGGGAUCUUUCAACCCGCCGACAAACAUGCAUCUGCGGAUUUUUGAGCUUGCCAAGGAUUUCCUGCAGAAAAAUGAUCAUGAAGUACUUGGAGGCAUCAUUUCACCUGUCCACGAUCAGUAUGGAAAGAAGGGUUUGGUAACGGCUGAACACAGAUGCUCUAUGCUCAAGUUGGCAGUUGAGACAUCUAACUGGGUUAACAUUUCUGAAUGGGAAACCCAGCAAGAAGGAUGGACCAGAACGGCAGAAAGCCUCAAAUUUUACAAGAAAGCUCUUAAUGAUAUUAACAGUGAAUUUGACUGGGCCAAAAAGAUUCAGGCCAAAAUGUUGGACAAGGAAUUCCCGUUGAACAUCAACUUAAAACUUUUGUGUGGUGCAGAUCUAAUUGAGUCUUUUGCUGUCCCUGGACUCUGGAAAGAUGAAGAUAUUGAAGACAUUGUGAGCAAUUAUGGAUUGGUGGUCAUUUCACGUUCUGGGUCCAAUCCGCAGCAGUUUAUUUAUGAAUCCGAUUUGCUAACUCGCCUGCAGAGAAAUAUCAGCAUAGUUCCAGAGUGGAUAACGAAUGAAAUCAGCUCAACCAAGAUUCGAAGAGCUCUAAGCCGUGGCGAGAGUGUUCGAUACCUGACGAGCGAUUCGGUAAUCGACUAUAUUCAGACCAAUCGUCUCUACAUCCAGUGAGCCGGAAGUUCUGCCAGUGCUAUUGCUAGUCUAUCGUUUCAACCGCUUAUUUAUAAACAUUUUGGUGUAUGUUUGGUACGUAUAAAAAUAUAACUUGGAAGUCUACUAAUCAAAAUUGAAAUGUUUCCAACGAGGGUGUGUAAAUAGCCAGUUCGAUCUAACAGUCAUAGCAACCAUAGCAACUGCUACCUGUUGAGUAUGAAAGCAUUUCAUUAUACAUAUAGGAAUCCUACCGGGUGUGUAUCCGUCAUCAUCAGACAGAUAUAAUAGUAAUUAAGAAACUGUUAAGGCAUCAUGCAUUCUUUCACUUGAAGAACACACAUGGAAAUAUAGCAGGUUAUCAUAUUACGAUUAAAUAGCAGGUUGAACUUCAUAUUCAGUGCUGCCGUUUGUUUGAAACGGAAUUUGCUGGACAAAGUAGUAAGUGUGGAACUAUUACCAUACCGUGCUAUAACUCACCCGCACCUGCUUUACGGCAUACCGAGCAAUUGCAUUCGUUGGGAAAUUUAUAGACAUCUGUGCUGAUUCACUGUUUUCAUUAUUUUUUUUUCUCUCGUGUGCUCGACAUUUUAUUAGUCACGUUGGAUUCUAUUGCUCCGACAUUCUCUCAGUUAGUUUUUGGACUGUCAUUCCAUAUGCGACUAACAGAUGCAAUUCGAUUGACGUCAGUAAAAUUGGGCUUUAUAAGGGAGAGACAUUUUAGCCUGUAGCUUCAUAUCAGAAUCGAAACAAUAACUGCGUUACUAGUUAGAGAGAUGAACAAGUCCGUAGCAUUCCUUCUCGUGCUGGUUUGUGUCCAGCUAAUGAUCCAGGGCAGCGAACAAAAUCCAAUUGCUGAUGUUGAAGAAAAAUGGUUUGCCGCUAUGCGUCACAAACACGAAUCGGCCAAAGGCGAGAAUGGCCAUCACCAUGGCCAUCACUAUGGCCCAAACCAAGGACAUCAUGGACAUCACAAACGCUCGACUACUACGUCGUCGACAACAGAAGCGGCUCUAACAACCGUUUAGGCAGCUCCGCAGCUCCACGUCGACAUCCGGCUCCAUUGAUUCGCCGUGAAACAAUAUGACCCUAUUAAGGAACAUUCUGUUUCUCUACGGAAUACUGUUAACAUAAAUGGUGUGUUAAAUUAUUUAAAACAAUUAUGUGAUCCUACUAAUCAUUCCUUAUCACGAAUUGUUGUUAUAUUUCAUUUAAUUUCUGGCUAUAUACACUAUGAAGUAAUUACA